UGUCGAUCAUGGGCAACCAGAACAGUCAGGCUGGUACUGACAGGUCUGGGGGCCAUCCUGUCUCUGGAUACCAAGAUGAUGGUGUGAUUGAAGUGGCCCAACGUGACGAUGGUUACUAUGGCGACGCAGCGGUGCAAAUUUUACGUGAUCUACCACCAACACUGAAGGUGUCCCCGGCAAGCACACCUCGCAGUAAGAAAUCAGGACAGCCAGUAGGAAAUCCUUCUCUUGUCCAGUACACGAAGGCUGUGGGAUUGAAGCAGCUAUCCCCUGUAGCGUUUUAUCGAAUCCUCGCAAUACUCGACGCAGAGCGAUUAGCCGAGACCAGGAGCAUUGUUAAGACACAAUCGGUACUCACAGGAGCAAUGCGCUUGGUGGACAUAAAAGCUCACAAGUCACUUGAUCUGUACGGUGUCACACUCCGCCUUCUCGAUCAGAAUCGAUCGCACACCCAGGAGAUACAAUCGGUGGGCAAGCUGCUGGCCACGGUGCGCGCGUCAGCUCUUUGCAUCAGUGCUGGGCUCAACAAGUUAAAUGCAUUGCUGCCCGUUGAGGACCGACUUGAACCAUUCGAGUGGUCGCUUACACCCGUUGCGGAGGAAUCCACACCGAAUAGGGUGAGUUCGGAUUAAUCAGGCAGUCAACUCAAGCAAGCACAGCGUCAAUUGUUUCUCGUAUACGUCAGUAGGAACAGCAUGUCUGCCAAAGUAGUUUGGAUCAGGAGUCAAUCCCCGGAAUUCAGAGACAAUCAGAUCUCGAAACUCGAAGCCGG